AUGGUUAUACUGAUCAAUGGAGAAAAAUACGCAUGCGCUUCUUGUAUCAGAGGACAUCGAGUAAAAAAAUGCAAUCACAACGACAGACAACUUGUGCCAAUCGUCAAACGAGGUAGACAGGUCAGUCAAUGCAAUCAUUGCCGAGAUUUACGCAAAACAAACGGCACACAUGUUAAAUGUACCUGCGCCAUUGCGAGCACGCCUAAUCCGAUCAAUGGCUGCCUGUGCGAAGUAAUAAAUAGCUGUUCAUGUGUAGCGAGUCAUCUACAAGAGGUGCGAGAUGAUAAUAGUACAGAAGGAAGUGUGUAUUCUGAAAGCCCUUCUGUUGCUGAGACAUUUCCGCCUAGUACUGAUAUUAGCAGCUGCCAUAAAACGGCAAACACCAACAUGAACAAUUUUGGGCAAUUCUCUCCUCCCUUCCCCGAUCAUCAGCAAUUACCUGAAACAUCGACUAAUACAGCGCCUUUGAUUGAUGAUGACGAUUUGAUGAACUUUCUCGAAAAUGACCUGGAUAAAUACCUUACAACAACUAACCCCGGUAAUGCUUUUGUAACUUCAGCGAACAUACCUGGCAUCAAUUAA